GUGUGUGUGUGUGUGUGUGUGUGUGUGUGUGUGUUAAAUCAGGCCUGCCCCAGUGUAGCAGCACUGGUAGACAUCACCUGCUCUGUUAAGAGACAGUGUUGUGAACAAUGACUGGAGAGAGACUCGCCCACUCACUGGGCUCUUGUGAAAAGAACCUGAGGGAGAAAAUGUGCCAAUCAGAACUCUCAGACGCCUCCAGUUUGAAUAGUUGGCUUUUUUUCUUUUUUGGUUUCUUCCGGGCUCUACAUGUUACCUAAGGUGGUUUUUCAAAAAUUGCAAUUUCAAGAGUAUGUCUCCCCAUUAUCCCUUGAACUUCACUGAAAAUGGUCAACCCGGUGGCAUUUUGGGACUUUGAACUCUUCGCAACAAACAUCCAUUAUCAACUAUCACUAAUUGUUCUAGGACUUCCCUUUGACACAUUUCUUUUUCAAUGGGUAACUCCUGUGACUCUACGCUGUGUGGACCCUGGCUCGCAUAACAUGGAUGACUGUAAUACUGCACUCUGCAUGCUUCCGAUAGUCAACAGAUUCUUAUUUUAGAGACUUUAGUAGAGUUCCAAAGAAAUGGGAACCAAAGGUCACUGGGGUCCUUUUUUAUAUAAUAGUAACCUUUAAAAACAUUAAUUUGAAGGCCACAGCAGUCAGAAGAACAGGUGAGUGACCCUCCUGCCAGCUGAACUGCCCCACUCCCUAGGUUCUGUUCCCAAAGACCCAUUCCACCAACCACCCUCCUACCUCAUCACCAACCCUGAGGCCAGGCCCUGACUCCACCCGGGGGACUUCUGGACAAGCCACACCAGUCAGAAGAACAGAGAGCAGAGACCCCUGCUGCACCAAAGGCCAAGCUAACCUGGAGAAGGUCUGCUCCCAACUUGAUCAGAGGUCAUACAAGCUGCCAGAAAUCCAGGCCACAAAGACUAAAAGACCAAAGAUGAAACAGAAACCAAGGAACAAAACACCCAUCCAACAAAGAUAAACUCAGAAAUCAGGACCUAGCUAUAAUCAACCCAGAGCCAGAUGCCUAAAUGCCAGUAUAAGAAUACAAUCAACAACAGCCAGGGUAAUAUGGCACCACCAGACCCCAGCUAUCCUACUAUAGCAAGACCUAGCUAUCCCAACUCAGCUGAAGCACAGGAAAAAUGCCUUAAAAACAACUUUAUGAAGAUGAUAGAGGUCCUUAAGGAGGAAAUAAAAAACUCCAUUAAAGAAAUUGAGGAAAAGGAGUUCGUGCGGUGGCGGCCGAGGCGGCGUAGCUCCGUGACGGGUUCGGCCUCACACGCGCCUCCCACCUAGCGCCGCCAAGAUGCCCAAGAGGAAGGUUAGCGCGGACGGAGCGGCCAAGGCGGAGCCCAAGCGGCGCUCCGCGAGGCUGUCGGCCAAGCCCGCCCCUGCCAAGGUGGACGCGAAGCCCAAGAAGGCCGCGGGCAAGGAUAAACCAUCAGACAAAAAAGUGCAAACCAAAGGGAAGAGGGGAGCAAAGGGCAAACAGGCGGAGGUGACUGACCAGCAGACCACAGACGUGCCUGCAGAGAACGGAGAGGCUGAGAACCAGAGUCCAGCCUCUGAAGUUGAAGAGAAAGAAACCAAGUCCGACUAACCAUCCAUCGUGUCUGUCAGUGUCCCCGCCUUCCUUCUUGUACAAUCCAGAGGAAUAUUUUUAUCAACUAUUUUGUAAAUGCGAGUUUUUUAGUAGCUCUAGAAACAUUUUUAAAAGGUGGGAAGAAGUCCCGCCUCAUCCCAUUUUUUAAGUGUAAAUGAUUUUUUUAAGAGGUUAAAUCACUUGCUGGUUGUUUAUUUUUUGGUACAACCAGAAAAGAGCAGGAUACUGAAUCAGGAGAGGCUGUGACUGUCUCGGGGGUCACCAUAACAUUCUGUAGAGGGGGCUAG